AUGGGACCAGAUGCUGAAACGGUCAUUAAACUUGAAUCCUCAGAUGAAGAUUGGUCCAACCCGGACGACACGCCAACUCCUGCAACGGAGACCCGCACAACCAAGAGAUCUUACUCCUGCUCUGUCUGUGGCAAGCUGUUCGACAGACCGUCAAGGCUGGAGCGCCAUGCAAGGGUGCACACACGCACUUGUAUCCCCAAGUCAAAGUGCCGCGAGGAGAGUCCCAUGCAGUUAGUAAAUCUCGCCAAGGACCAGAGUUGCCUCAACAGGCCCAGGUAUUACCCCUGCCCCGACUGCCAAAAAGUGUUCACCAGUCCGUCAAAGCGCGACAGGCACGCGCCCGUGCACCUGAAGAAGCCCAGCGGGCAAAAUGCGUGUUCGUACUGCACCAAAGUCUUCAAGAAACCCACCGGGCUCAUACGCCACGAGCGGAUGCACACGGGUGAAAAACCUUUCAUCUGCUCCGUGUGCGGAAAGGGCUUCUCCGACCCAGGACACUGCAAAGUGCACGAGAAGGGACACGCCGAGCUUCCGGAGAAGCCUCACUGCUGUAAAGACUGCGGCAGGUGCUACCAAAAGCCCUCCCAGCUCAGGCGCCACUUCCGCACGCACACAGGGGAGAAGCCGUUUGCCUGCGCCCUGUGCGACAGACGCUUCAUUCGCUCCGAGGGGCUAAAGAGACACGAGAACUUCCACAGUGGACACAGGCCGCACAAGUGCAUCGUCUGCCCAAAGGGCUUUUACACCCGCCACGAACUCAAUACCCACAACCUGAUCCAUUCGGGGAUGAGGCCGCACGUAUGCCCCGUGUGCGGCAAGGGAUUCACGCAGCUGGGCAACAUGAAGGAGCAUGAGCGCAGCGUCCACAGGAAGACGGAUCUUUACAAAUGCGCAAAGUGCGGGGCGUCGUUCACGCACAGCCAGACGUUGAAAAAUCAUCAGCGCACACACACAGGCGAGAAGCCCUACCUGUGUGUCACUUGUGGCCAGCGGUUCGCAUGGAGCCGUUGCCUCAGUAGACACCAGAAGACACAUGUGCACAUUCAGAAGGACCUGGAGGCCAAAGAAACGCUCCUGGCCCCGGAGAUCUUGGAGACAUCUUCUGUCACCGAUCACAGCAGCCAGACGCUCAGUGAAAUAGAAAAAAAAAACUGA